AUGGCCUCUGGACCCGCUACUCAGUCUCUGAAGUGCGUUGUUACGGGUGAUGGUGCUGUUGGCAAGACAUGUCUGCUCAUAUCUUACACCACAAACGCCUUCCCUGGAGAAUAUAUUCCUACUGUGUUCGAUAACUAUUCCGCCAGUGUAAUGGUAGACGGGAAACCAAUCAGUCUUGGACUCUGGGAUACUGCUGGACAGGAAGAUUACGACAGACUGCGCCCCUUGUCAUACCCACAGACCGACGUAUUCCUCAUAUGCUUUUCUAUCGUUAGCCCGCCAUCGUUCGAUAACGUAAAGGCGAAGUGGUAUCCAGAAAUCGAACAUCACGCACCCAAUGUGCCCAUAAUUCUCGUCGGGACCAAGCUGGAUCUGCGAGAUGAUAAGACCACUGCUGACAAUCUUCGCGCGAAGAAGAUGGAGCCAGUUUCCUAUGAACAGGCCCUUGCAGUUGCUAAGGAGAUCAAGGCACAAAAGUAUCUCGAGUGCUCUGCUCUUACACAGCGAAAUUUGAAGAGUGUCUUUGACGAAGCUAUCCGUGCCGUACUGAACCCACGUCCCAUUGCCAAACCAAAAAAGUCCAAAUGCAGAAUCCUCUAA